GGUCAUAACAGUCUGUGUAGCAGACAGUUGCAUUUUUAUUUCUGUUAGUCUCACACGUUAUUUGAACAAUGAAACGGAUUAGAUAUAGUUCUACUAGAUUAUAAUACGUGAUUUAAUUUAUUCUUUUAUUUUUUCAUUCCAGAGUUAAUAGAAAAUUAGUUUAUUUAACUCUACUAGAUGUAGAAUAGGCCUAUGCCUAUAGACGACUAUACUAUGACUAUAGUAGGCCUAUAGGCCUACUUCAUUUAUCAUUAUGUCUUGUGAGAAAACGCAACUUUAAUUUAGGACAACAUUAUAAGCCAAGAACUAGGAUAGAUUUGUGUAGGCUACUCGUGAAGUUUUGGUUUUUUUUUUUUCGACUUUAUAUCAUUCUUGGAGUUUUUAUUUUGUUCAGGGAAAUUUAUUUUUUUAUAAUUAUAUAGACCUCGAAAUGGGAUGUAAACAGUCUAGGACUAUUAGAGUCCAACCCAUUAGUUUGGACAAAUCAAAUACCCAGAGAUCACCAGGAAAGAUUUCUAAAACAGACUCAAAAAGUGACAUAUUCUCGGUAGAGUACGAGCUAGACUCCGAGGGUAACAAAGUCUUGAAAGAGAAAAAGUCACGUCUGCAUCGAGGUAAAAAAACACAGAGUUUAUCGGGUGCCAGGCUACCGGACGGGGAGAGAGGUCUUUCUGCCACAUCAAAAGCAUCAGCCGACUCAGGGCUCGGCCUGGCAGGGGAGGAUUACACGUAUGGGCAAGACCUGGGAGAAAAUAUUAUCACUGAGUACUCUCCGCAAGACGAAGUGAACAAAGUGGAAAGAUGUUUUGUUGAAAGGGGCAACUUGGAGCUAGGUAUCACCGGUGUACCGCUCCCCACACGACUCGGUGGCAAACAACAAGUUCGACAAGAUGAGGAAACAAUUUUACAGUCACUUCUUAAAGAGGGACUCAUUGCUAAACCAGCAACCGAGUCCUCUGGUGGUGUCAGCUUUGAUAUUGUGACUAAAGACUCCUUUGAUUUUCCUGGGCUUCCUCGGCCUCCACCUCGGCAGCUAGAAAAACUAGAAAGGAGAAGAAAGAAAAAAAGAGUUUUGACAGAGGAGGAGAUUAAAGAAAAAUUAGAAAGGGCAGAGAGAAGAAGAAAAAAUCGAGAAGAAGAAAAAAUUAACAGAAUAAAGACAUUAGAAAAAUCAGAUGCUUUGGCAGCACUUGACAACUUUGAACAGUAUAAGAAAGAAAAAGAGGAGCUGCAGACGCAGAAGAUGGACACAGUAGCAGACAACCGUGAGAAAAAACUCAAUGAAAUCAAAGAGAAAAUCAAAGAAAGGGAAAGAAGAGCAAUAGAAGUUCGGAAGAGGAAGCAGAAAGCACUUGAAGAGGGUCUGGAGGCAACGGGCAUUAUAACUAACACAGAUCCGGACGAUGUUCCAGUGGAACAUUGAUUUAAAGUCAUUUCUCACCAGUAUUUAUUAGAAGUAGCUAUCAGUUCAAAGUAGCUAUCAUGUAUUAUUAAGUAUUAUUGUGUCUCUAUUAUACUUUAGAUAUUGGAAAAGUUUAAGCUCAGUAACUGAAAUUGGUAACAUAAUGCGUAGAUGUCAUGCAAUUAGGAACGAAAUUAAAAUUUCUCUUUUUGAAGAUUAUUAUUAUAUACAUGACUUGUAAAUUGCAAUAGGUAAAUUCAAAAUGUAGAAAAAUACACAAAUGCAUCAAUAUUUAUAAGAAUUGAAGAUUCAGAUUUUUAAUUUAACUUAAAAGAUAAUUAAGAGUUACUAUUGUUAAAUUUGUACAUAUUUUUUUUAAUCCCACCAUACUUUCUAUAUUGUAUUCUGCCUUAUGUUUUUGUCUUUAUAGCUUAUAAAUGAACAAGAAUUAUGCAAUAGGUCAUGCACUUUAAAUAUUUGUAUUAACCUAUUUAGGGCAAAUUAGUGUUAUGUAAGAACAUAGGUCAGAAAAAUAAUUUUAAAAACUAUUCAUGCUGCUAAUUCUAAUAUUUAUCUGACAGACAUAACAUUCUUACCAAAUGUAAAUGAGCAGCAUUGAUAGAUUUGUCUCCACUGGGUAACAAAUUCAUUCUGUUCAAAUUUAGUGUUAUGCAAUCAUUAGCAGUAUUUAACACAAAGUAUUUGGGGUUUCUCUACACUUAUUAUUAUUAUGUAAAACAAGGUUGCUAGACGCAAGUAAAAUCCAUGCCUUGCAGGUACUCUUUGUAAAUGAGAAACCAAUAUGGUUCAAUUAUAAUAUACUUGAUAUAUAUUAAAAUAUACUAGAUAUCAUUUUGCAUAAUUUGGUAAGGCCACAACUAUGUCCAAAUGUUGGUGCAUCACUUAUCACAACUAUUAUGGUAAAUAUUGAUAAGUCAUUAGACUCUUGUUUCAAUAUUAUAGUUAUUUCACUAAUUGUAAUUUAUCCUAUGAAUGUAUAGUCAUAACAUGAAAAUUGUUAUGUGUAAUGUCUUAGAAAAACUAAAAAUUGACAUGUAACAUAUUGCCAGUAUUUGAUGCACAGCUGUUGUUGCAAAUGUUUGUACAUAAAAACAAUUCAGUAUUACAAGACUGUGAUUAGUAUCCAUGUGUUUUUAUAAACUCACAAGCAAAAGAUUUCUUUUUUCUGCUCAAUUACACUUGUAUGUUUCUACAUUGUUCUUUGUGUUAGUGAAAACACUUUACAUUCACUAGUGCAGCAAUAUCUUAGACUUGCUUUUUACAAUCAAUAAAACGUUUGGAGUUCU